AUGGAUGCCGCAGAAGAUGAUAAAGAUAUUCGACUUCAAAGGGAAUCGGGAGAACUCUUGGAGGAUUUCAAACAAUCCCUACAUCCGUUCCUCUAUAAUGUUAACAAUAAGGGACAACUACGAAGAAGAGUUCGCAUAAGAGAAACAGAAAGAUUGGCUGCACUGUUAGAUGAAUUUCAGGAGCUUCCUCAACUUCUUGAUCCACAUCUUCAACAACUAGUACCAAAACUAGCUAAUGCCUUCCAUGCCUCCAUAUCGAAACCACCUUCAAGGGCUUCCACGACUCAUACCCAACUUCUCAUCCCUCUACGAAAAGCUAUCUGUAUAUUACUAUACAAAUUUUGUAAGGUUAGAGGAGAGAAAGUUAUCGUCCAUUUUCUGAGUACAGAAACCAGACACAUUCAUUUGUUACUUUCCGCUAUCGAAAAAGGCACAUUGGUGAAUAAUGAUGCAUACGAGACACCAGUAGAUGAAGUAUGGUCCUGGGAGGAACGAUAUAUUACUUUACUAUGGCUCUCGCAGUUGCUCAUGGCACCUUUCGAUCUCGAUUCCUUGUCAUCUACUCCUUCGCCUAGUGGCAUUCUUUGUGUAAUUCCCGGGCUCUACUUGCCAGUCAAUGUUCCUGACGUGGCGUUACGAUCCAUUUUAUUGGCUUUAAAGUAUCUUUCGUCAUCCGGAAAAGAGAAAGAUGCCGCAAAAAUUCUACUAGUGAGAGUUGUUCUCCGUAAAGACAUGCGGGACCUCGGGCUCUUGCAUUCUUUGGUAAUGUGGACAAUAUCUGCUCUUCAAUCAACUGACGCGAAACGGGAUAUACAUUAUAUUAAUGGCCUUUUGUCUUUCCUCUCUGGAGUUCUCGUGUCAUCCAUGGACACGGCUUACAUGGAACCUUAUUUGGAUUCUAUAUUUCGAGCGAAUCAGAAAAUCAUGGAAAAAUCAGAUCGUUCGUUUGCAGAAAUUCACAAUUCAGCCGUUACCAUAAAAUUAGCCAUCAAAAUCUUUCGUAGCACUACUUUGCUCAACUUACGUCCAUCUUUUACACCCACAUACGAUAUUCUGAAUGAAUCCGCUGAAUUCAUCUUCGAGAUGCUAUCGGAUCUAUCAACACCAGUUAGACUAGCUGCAAGUAAGGCAUUAAGCGUCAUCAUUUUAAACAUACACCCUCAAGAUGCCCGUUCAUUUGUGUCAACAAUUAUCGCCAUGUUAACGCCUAUCGCAGAUGCUUUGACUUGGCAUGGUCAAAUCUUAACACUCUCACAUCUGUUAUAUCGUCGAUCAGCACCUCGUGAACAACUUGGUGAAAUUGUUGCUCUUUUACUCAGGGCUCUAUCAUUCGAGCGGAAAACGUUAUCUGGAAGCUCUACUGGAACCAAUGUGCGAGAUGCCGCAAACUUCGGAAUAUGGUCUCUAGCUCGACGCUACUCGACCGCGGAAUUACAAAAUAUUAGCACUGAAUCAAAAGAAUUUGUUCAUACCUGGGAGACCAAGACUACCAUACAAAUUUUGGCAACACACCUCGUUGUUUCUGCAUGUUUGGAUCCUGCUGGCAAUAUACGUCGAGGCUCAUCUGCAGCACUUCAAGAGCUGAUAGGUCGUCAUCCAGGUACCAUUAUCGAAGCUCUGGACUUAGUGCAGAUUGUUGAUUAUCAUGCUGUGGCUCUUCGAUCUCGAGGAAUAUUGGAAGUGGCAGUAUCUGCCUCUUUUCUUGCUUACAGUACACAGCAUGAAAAACAAAGGCACCACUAUGGGGAGGCACUCCUCGAAGCACUGCGGGGUUGGCGUGGGAUUGGCGAUAUUAACAUUGUUACAAGGCGAAAUUGUGCUGAAGCUUUCCGUUGUAUCAAUUUCUCCGUGGGGGACGUUAGCCACUCUAACACAUAUAAAAAUGCUUAUGAAACCAUUUGUAGUCUCCAAGAACAACUCAAGAAACUCCAAAAACGUCAGGCUAACGAGCGACAUGGACUACUCCUCUUUACGUCUGCAGCUAUUCUUGAAUAUCCAAAGCUUUACACGGACGCUGGCACAACAUUGGCUUCUAUUGGUCCUUUCCAGCGAGUUUUGAGUAUCCUUGAGAUAAUCAAUCCAUACGUUCAGGAAAUGAUAGACGGACAAUAUUACCGCCCUGCGCUGAUUGCGGAAGCUUUGUGCUGUGUAAUUUUCCAUUCAUUCCGUCUCUUUGGUAUGUACAUCAUGCUCGAAUGGCAGUAUCAAACCCCGCAUUCACCUGCAGCUAGUGAAAUAUUGAGAUGGGUACGUCACUCGAAGACAAAAAAUGUUCUCAUGUUUAGAUACGAGAAACCUUACUCGGAGCAUAUGAUCGAUUCCCCAAUUAGUCCCUGGAUUCGCAUGUCUCUUGGCCCAAACAACACCCGCGGUGAUCGUCGGUUCUGGAGACUUGCUGAAAGUUUUGUAUCUACAGUCCUUGACAUUGACCCUGCGAUGUCGACUCUUUGGUCGGCUUGCGCUCGCAGGUUGUUUUUUUUGUCACCUCCUGGUCAUCGGAGGUUGAUGAUUGAUUCCUGGCUGGAGUGUAUACGUAAUUCAACCAAAGUGAGCACUGUUGAGCGAAACAGAAAUCGGUUGAGAUUCUCCGCCGCUUGGAUUGCAUUUUCGUUGGAUCCAGCAUACGAGGACGAAAUCCGUAUUGCAAUUCAUGGCAGUUGGAAGUCGACUGAGAUUGUUUAUGAUCUUGAGACACGAAUCGCAUUGGUUUCAUGCUUGGCAAUAGAGAGCAAUGCACCAGCGUCCCAAAUCAUUCAGUUUUGGGAUAUUAUCUCCGAUGGUCUCGAUGACUACCACACCGAUAAUACACAUGGUGAUGUUGGCUCGCGAGUUCGGUUAGAAGCAAUCAAAGGGGCAGGAAUUCUAUUAUCGACGGAAUUAGCACGGGGCCCUGCCAAUGAGAAAGUCUUUUCAACUAUAUUUGGUAAGGUUUUGAGACUUUGCACAGAGAGGUUGGAUAAGGUGCGAACGGAGGCCAAGAAAGCUAUUCUGUCAAUUCUUGUAUCAAGCCCCGAGACUUCAUCUUUCGAGCAAAGUUCGAUCUCUUCGUAUGAACAUUUUCGAUUCAUACUGGAUUUACAAACUACGGAUCGCCAAAUUACAACGAUUCCCAAAUCUCCGUGGCGGACUUCAUGGACAGAUAGGUUGUUAGAGGGUUAUGUAACCUCAGCACAUGGAGGAACUGAAGAUUUAGUACGCCUUAGUCGCGCCGCUUUGAUUGACUUUUGUGCAAUGGACCAAAAAAAUAGUGAAUGCAUUGGCCCGUCUCUGGUUAGAAAUCUGGAAACUCAUCACCGCGAGAACGAUAGAGUGAUUAUUCCUACAUUAGAAAUCACCGCACUCUUACUAGACAUGGGACUUAUGUAUAAAUUCUACCCUAUCUUUCAUUACCGAACGCUCUGCACCCUGAUUGCAAAGGAAGCUAUCAAUUCAAGAAUCGACAAGUGUAAAGCGGCGGCCAAAUGUUUUGGACGUCUCACGCUGGCGUAUCCGAAUGCCAUAGAUAGAUUGUUAAAAAUGCUUUGGCAUAAUUACCCGACCGUCAGGGUGGCAGCGGUGGAUGAAUUGUGGGAUCUGGGGAUUACGUGUGUGAAAGGCAGGGACUUCAAGUUUAUGGAAAAUAAACCAUCAGGUGAGUUUGGUAAGGAACUUUAUCGGCAAUGCAUGGAGUUGGGUUUUAAGGAUGGAGCGAUUGUCAAGGAACUUGGGAAGUUGUGUGUUUGA